AUGGAAAUGCAAGAUCUAGCCAGUCCUCAUAAUCUUGUUGGAAGUAGUGAUGCGCCGGGUAGUUCCAAACUGGAUAAACCUAAUCUCAGUAGCACAUCGGUUACAACAAAUGGAACAGGAGGAGACAACAUGACUGUGUUAAACACUGCAGACUGGUUGCUGAGUUGCAGUACUCCCUCUUCUGCAACAAUCAAAACAGAACCCAUGAACAGCAGUGAAACAACAACUACAACUGGAGAUGGAUCGCUUGACACUUUUACUGGGUCAGUAAUAACAAGUAGUGGCUACAGCCCAAGAUCAGCGCACCAGUACUCUCCACAGAUAUAUCCCUCCAAUAGGCCCUAUCCACACAUUCUUUCUACACCAGCAGCUCAAACAAUGUCUGCCUAUGCCGGACAAACCCAGUAUUCAGGAAUGCAGCAACCAGCGGUCUAUACAGCCUACUCACAGACAGGACAGCCGUACAGCUUGCCCACUUACGAUUUGGGUGUAAUGUUGCCAGGCAUCAAGACUGAAAGCGGGCUCUCGCAGACCCAAUCACCACUGCAGAGUGGGUGCCUCAGUUACAGCCCAGGGUUUUCCACCCCACAGCCCGGCCAAACACCCUACUCUUAUCAGAUGCCAGGUUCUAGUUUUACACCAUCAUCCACUAUUUAUGCAAACAAUUCUGUUUCAAAUUCUACAAACUUCAGUAGUUCACAACAGGAUUAUCCAUCAUACACAGCUUUUGGCCAAAAUCAAUAUGCACAGUAUUACUCAGCAUCAACAUAUGGUGCAUAUAUGACCUCAAACAACACGGCUGAUGGCACUUCUUCAUCAUCAUCAACCUACCAGUUACAGGACUCUCUCCCUGGCCUGACUAGUCAACCAGGUACAGAUCUACAUUCAGGGGAGUUUGACACAGUGCAGAGCCCCUCUACGCCAAUCAAAGAUCUUGAUGAGAGAACAUGUAGGAGUUCUGGGUCAAAGUCUCGGGGUAGAGGGCGGAAGAAUAAUCCAUCACCCCCUCCGGACAGUGACUUGGAGCGUGUAUUUGUUUGGGAUUUGGAUGAAACAAUCAUAGUUUUCCAUUCGCUGCUUACAGGAUCCUAUGCACAGAAGUACGGCAAGGAUCCGCCAAUGGCCGUGACCCUUGGACUGCGAAUGGAAGAAAUGAUUUUUAAUCUUGCUGACACACAUUUAUUUUUUAAUGAUUUAGAGGAGUGUGAUCAAGUUCAUAUAGAUGAUGUUUCUUCUGAUGAUAAUGGACAAGACCUAAGUACCUACAGUUUUGCAACUGAUGGCUUCCAUGCAGCUGCAAGUAGUGCAAACCUUUGUCUGCCAACAGGUGUAAGAGGAGGGGUUGACUGGAUGAGGAAGCUGGCUUUCCGUUACAGAAGAGUAAAAGAGUUGUAUAAUACUUACAAGAACAACAUAGGAGGACUCCUGGGUCCUGCUAAAAGAGAUGCAUGGUUGCAAUUAAGAGCAGAAAUUGAAGCUCUGACAGACUCCUGGCUAACAAAUGCACUUAAAUCAUUAUCAAUUAUCAGCACAAGGAGUAACUGUGUAAACGUGUUGGUAACAACAACCCAGCUUAUCCCAGCACUUGCAAAAGUUCUGCUAUACAGCUUAGGAGGAGCUUUUCCUAUUGAAAAUAUUUACAGUGCAACCAAAAUAGGAAAAGAAAGUUGCUUUGAACGAAUAAUGCAAAGGUUUGGCAGAAAAGUAGUAUAUGUUGUAAUUGGGGAUGGUGUAGAAGAAGAACAGGCAGCAAAAAAGCACAACAUGCCUUUCUGGAGGAUAUCCAGUCAUUCGGACCUCUUGGCUCUCCAUCAAGCACUGGAACUAGAGUAUUUGUAA